AGUUCUUCAGGAGGAGGAGAUGCGCUUCACUGCCCAACUGCCACAUUUAAACCCAACAGCAGCACAAAUGACCAAAUCGAACACGUCUGUCCCGUGGGCAGGGAGGCUCUUGUGAGUGUUUGCGUGAUCCUCAGCUUGAGCUCAAUGUCUUCUAAAUGUACGUGGUCGAUUCUCGUCGUGUUGGCCUUCAUCCUGGCUACAGGUGCUCAUGGAGGAACUGUAUGCACCGUAAGGUCAAGCACAGGCAAAGAAGUCCUCUUCGGUUCCAACUUCACUGUCUCCUGCAUCUUCAACAAGCCAUGCACCAAACAAUUUUUUCGGAACAAUGAGCCAAUCAAGUAUGAGCACUCUCCCAGGUUAAGCGAGGUGUUAGUGUACAUUAAGAAUUUAACAAUGUUGAGCAUCUUCACCUGCAAGUGUAAUGACAACCCAGAGCCUUGCGGAAUUGACAUCACUCCAGGAUACCCUCCAAACGUUCCGCAAAAUCUGACCUGUGUUCGAAAAACCACAUUUGGCAAUGUUAGUUGCACUUGGACAACAGGAAGGGAUACAAAAAUUGUGACCACAUGUCAAUUACGGGUUCAAGGUGAUCCACACCAUGGCUAUGAAAGUGUUAUGAACUCUUCAGGAUUUUGUUGGGCCACAUUCCCUUUCAAAAGCUUAAUUAUGUCACAACUAAUCGUGUCGCUCAAUGUCUCUAAUAGCCUGGGCUCAAAUACCUCAGGUCCUCACACAUUUAUGCUCAGCAGUAUAGUACAACCAUCAUUACCGAAAAUCAAGCAUGUGGACUGCUCCUCCCGAUGGUGCCACCUACACACAGACAACCACAGCAUGAACUUAGUGGAAGUCCAAUACAAAUCGCCAAAAGGCAUCUGGAAGAACAUUAAGAUCAAUGGUAAGAAAAGUUUAAACAUAUCCUUGCUGGAGCCACAUACAACAUACACAUUUCAGAUCAGGAGGAAAAUAAACCAAACCAUGGGUCUGUGGAGUUACUGGAGUCAAGCAAAGGAAGCAGAAACCAAAGAAGAAGCUCCUGACAAGGUCCUUGACUUCUGGUACCUCCGAGAACUGAAACCUUCACAAAGUGAAAAGUGUUUCCGCAUAUUUUGGAAGGAAUUAAGUGUGUCAGAUGCCAAGGGGAAAAUUCAACAGUAUAAUAUUACUGUGAAGAAGGGGAACUCAAAAGAAAUCAUUGUAGUUCCACGCCGAAUAAAUGAGAGCAUAUGCUGCUCUGACUGCUCUGUUUCAGUCUCCGCAGUGAACUCGAUGGGUCAAUCUCCUGAAAAUUUUAUUAAGCUUCAAACUCCACACCUUGUUUCAGGUCUCCUGUCCCAUAAGUCAUUGAGCAAUCAUAGCAUUGCCCUCUCCUGGCCGAGACUUGCCAUUGCAGGCAAUAGAACCGAGUAUGUGGUGCAUUGGUAUCCUGUUGGAGACAUUGAGGAGAUUCAGUGGAUUAGGGUGGUGGACACCACAGCCAAUAUUACAGGUCUCCGACCUCAAGAAUGCUUUCAGGGUGCUGUUAUGGCUCUGACCUCAAAUGGUCCUGUGGUAUCUAAUAAAGACCUCUCCACAUGGCAGUCAGCUCCAGAACAGGGUCCGGUUCCUCAACAAGUAAAGAAGAAGACUGAGAGUCUAAUAGUAAAAUGGUCUAAAAUUCCUCAAGAAAAGAGAGGAGGCUGUUUGAAAAAAUACACCGUCUACUUGAUGGACAAGUCGAAGGGGGAAAUACACCAUUACAGUGUGGAAUAUCCAUUGACAGAGUAUAUCAUCAGUGGUCUGUCACCAGGACAGUGCUACAAUCUGUGGGUCACGGCCUGGACAGAUGCUGGAGAGGGACCCAGAGGAAGUGAUCUCCCAUUCUGCACACCAACAGAUACAGAGAAACUACUUUCCCUCGUGAUCUUGGCUGGUGGAGCAGUACUCUUUUUCUGUCUUUUCCUCCUCUGCAUCUGUCAGUUCUCCUCCGUUCAGAGAAGAUUCCUAAGUUGUUUCCAGUGUCUGCUGCCUAGAGUUAUUCCAGAUCCAGCAAACAGCAAAUGUGCAAAGACUUAUGACAAGGAAAUUCUAUUCUAUCUUCAACAAUGUGACUCCAGCAUGAGUGAGGAGCCUGAAAACGUGGAAGUGGAGGAAGUUCCCUAUCACCCCAGCUUCACCUGCACCUACAUCAAAAGCAUCUCUCAAGAGUCUGACUCCUCGGAUGCCACGCAGAUCACCAGGAACACGGACAUCUCCGGGGACUACAUCUCCACACACGGAGCAAUAAGUGGAGGAGAGGAGGAGGACGACGAGGAAGAAGAGAUGGGUUUGGAUGAAUUUGAAUUCUUGCCAAGCAUUCGCAGCUCUUUCCUGGAGCCCCUGGUUUCGACCGGAGGGAAGCUGACACUGGACGUGGUGAAAAUAGACUGCAGUGAAUUCCUGGAUUGCACAUGAUCGUCCAUCGGCAUUAAGAUUUGACCAGACUGUAACUGUAAUAUUGGUGCUGAAAAGUAAUGAUGGAGAUCACAAACAUCAUUACAAAGACAUAUUUGCUAAAUGAGCAUCUUAGUCUUAAUCCCAGCCAUUCCUAAAAGAGGACAAGCGACUCAUCUUUUUUCAUAUUGUUCUUUUAUAUGAAGGUGAAAUGGAUCAUCCAAAACUCCAUUGGUUUGGUUGAGUGGAAGCAGAACAGAAUGCUGUUGACUGAAAGAAGGAGACAAGAUGUCGGCGCAAUAGCCUAGUGGUUAACGUGCAGACAUAUGGUGCAGUAGCAUGUCAGGGUGUCCUGAGUUUGAAUCCCGGCUUGAGGACAUUUUCCUACCCCCCUUCUCUCUCCAACUUCGCUUCCUGUCUCAAUGCUGUCCUAUCUAAUCAAAAAGGCCAAAAAUAAAUCUUAAAAAAGAAGAAGGGGACAAGAUGUAAAGUCAGUAUGGAGAAGAAGUUCCAAUAGUCUUCCUUAUUGUGAUCUAUAUGUGAGCAAAAUGGCUUCUUGAACAAUCAGGAACUUAUUAGAUGGCUGUGGUAGAUUGGAUGUGCUCUUGGUAGAUCUCAAGUUACAGUGAGAGCUCUGUGUUGAAAGAGUUUCUUGGCAGGGCUCAAAGUGUACAUUUGAUUUUAGCGUCUUGACACACCAAAAUGAUGGUUGAGCCAUUGGUAAGCAUCUAUCUGGCAAGUAUGCUCACAUUGGAAGCAUGUUCAGCAUGUUGAAAUGACAUCAAAGCUGUCCAUGAAUCAACAAACUCUCGUCGAGAUCAUAGUUUCUUAGUCGGUGCACAUAAAUAAAAUCAUAAGUGAUGAAAGCGAGUAAGUAAUUCAUGAUGGGUUUCUUAUCUUGUGAUUUUCUCAACUGAAGAUAUAUUUAUAACAUGAGCUUCCUGCAAUAAGGAAAAUGCUGAAAAUACUACUUUGUUUACUGUUUGUAUUACUGUAGUCCUAGUUUUAACUUAUAUUUUGGUGUUUAUGCUGAGUUUUAUUAAUCUGAUGUUGGGUCCAAUAUGGGCAAACCUGGCUUGGUUUAUAUUUGACUGA